AUGAUUGACCAUGGGCGAGCCUCGGGGAUGUGGAACCGGUUCUGGGCUACGGGCCCGACCCAGAGCGGAAAGACGCUUUCGUGCUUCGUUACUCCGAUCAUGUAUCACCUGUUCGAGGUUCGGGAGACAGUAAUUGCCGGCAUCCCAAACAUGGACAUGGCAGGUGAUAAAUGGGACGAAGAUAUUAAGCCGGCGAUCGAGGCGUCGAAGUACCGUGAUCUUCUUCCCCGCACAGGGCAGGGUUCGAAGGGGGGAACUCCGCGCCGAAUCAAAUUCCGCAACGGUUCAACGUUGCUGUUCAUGGCCGCGGCCGGCAACUCAAAGCAGCAGGCGGCAUUCACAGCCCCUUGCUUAGUGAUGACCGAGGUCGACGGAUAUGACCUCGCAAAGGAAUCAUCUCGCGAGUCGAACCCCGUCGACCUGAUGAUCGGUCGCACGAGGUCAUUCAAAUGGCCGACGAUCUACGGCGAGUGUACUGUGUCGAUUGAGGCCGGCCGCAUCUGGCAAGAGGUAAGCAAGGGCACCAACACUCGCCUCGCUCUGCCAUGUCCGCACUGUGGCUCUUGGGUUACCCCCGAGCGAGAGCACUUCGUCGGUUGGGAGAAUGCUAGCGAUGAAUUGGAGGCCGAAGAGAGCGGGGCGUUUGUGUGCCCUGCCGAUGGUUGCGGUGCAUUGUGGAGUGACGGCGACCGCCUCGACGCAAACCGAUCUGCCGUCCUCGUGCAUGGCGACCAGGAGAUUGAUAAGUGUGGCAACAUCACAGGAGAUCUGCCUCGCACGCGGUCAGCCAGUUUCCGGUGGUCCGCGGUCAACAAUAUGUUCGCCACCGCAGCCAACAUUGCAGUUGAGGAGUGGGGGGCGAAGCGGGCUGAGAAUGAAGACGAGGCCGAUAAGAAUCUGUGCCAGCAAGUCUGGGCGACGCCGCCCGAAGACACAGUCGAAGAGAUCGUGCCACUCAACAAGGACGACAUUCCUCAUCGCGUUGUGAAGGAGUUGCCGCAGGGCCUGGUUCCCGAAGACAUGGAGUUCUUCGGCUGCACGAUCGACGUUCACUUGCGACAUCUUGACUGGCAAGCGAUCACCUGGCGAGCAAAUGCGACGCCGCACGUUGUCGAUUAUGGCGUGGAGAAGAUCACGAUUUCCAAUGAGAAGAGCAAGAGGAGUAUUGAGAUUGCGAUUUUCGGCUCUUUGAUGGAGAUGCGGGAACGGAUCGAUAGCGGUUGGUCUUAUCAGGGCAGUGAGUCGCCGAUUGCCCCGUCGCUGGUGGGUGUCGACAUCGGUUUCGAGACGGACACUUGCUGUCGCUUCAUUCGAAAGACUCCCUCGCGAUAUCGAGCCAUGAUGGGCUUCGGUGAGGGGCAGCACUUCAAGAUGCGGAAGCUGCAUUACACCCACCCCUCGAAGGCCAAAGGCGACAUUCUGUUCGUCGGGGAUCGGUACCACGUUAAGCGAGAUGUAAGCCGACGGGUGAACGUGUUUCAAGUCGACGCGGAUCAUUGGAAGACGUAUGCAGCCAAGCGAAUGAUGGCCAGCGUGGGCGAGCCCGGUGGUCUGACGCUGUUUCAUGCGAUGCCUUCGCAGCACGAGGACUUUGCCAAGGGCGUGACGGCCGAAAGGCAGAUCACCGAAUUUACUCCGCCCAAAGGCUUCGUUAAUUCCUGGGAGCGAAUUCGACGCAACAACCACGCGUUCGACUUGCUCUACAUGAAUUGCGUGCUGGCCUACCACUCGGGCUGUCGCCUAUUGCGUAGUAGCGGCGAGUCAAAGCCAGUGAAGAACGAAGAGAUGGGAAAGAAGAAGCCGGCAACGGCCAAUGAAGGGAAGCCGAAGAGAGAGGAUGUGCUCGAAUAUGCCAAGAAGAUCGGCUUCACCGAAGAUAUUGUCGAAACGCUUGGCGGCUCGAUGGAGGACUUGGCCGACCACGCAUUAGGCCAUGAUGAUCCGCUUGGGUAUCUCGACGCUGAGUGGGAAGAAGUUCGGCCCGAUGAAGAGGAGGUGAGUUCGACCGACGGCGAGGGGGGGUCCGACUCAGAGGAGCACAAUAGCCCGCCCGCUGAAUCCACACCACAGGAUUUGAAGCUAUCGAUCUCCCUCAAUGCCCCCUUCGUCGAGUUGAACCCGAAGCACUACGUACAGCGGCAUGUCGAUGUCCAGCUUGAUCCUCACGGGGCGAGGGCCCUUUGCCGUCUUCGCAAUACGCUGCAGAAAAACCACGCGACCCUCAAAGGCGGAAAGCACGUCGAGAGUGGCGCGAUGGCCGUCCGGUGGCUAUUCGAGCAACUCUCAAUUGAGAUCGAGGGGCAGGACUAA